UAAAAGUCAGUUCGGUUUUAGCAGUUAGCAUAGUGUCUUGGAAUAUAGUCUUCGUGAAAUGUGAACGUUCUGUUUUUCUCAGUACAGAUUCGAGUAAAUCCUCCGCACAGUGAUAAUUCAAAAUGGCCGUGAUAACACCCUACUGGGGCCUGGACGGCAUCCUAAUCUUUGCCUCCCUUCUGACAGUCGCCUAUCUGUACAUGACUCGAAAAUUCAAGUACUGGGCGAAGAGAGGCAUCAUGGAGCUCCCUCCGACACCCUUUACGGGAAACUUCACGGACUGCCUGAUGUUGAAGAAGUCACCACCUGAUUUCGUGUGGGACCUCUACAAACAAUCCAAAGGAUUACGAUACAUGGGUUUCUACAUUUUCGACAAGCCGUUCCUCCUGGUACGAGAUCCCGAGCUCGUGAAGCACGUCCUGGUGAAGGACUUCAACGUGUUCAACGACAGAUACGCCUCACCCGACGUGACCGACCGUCUCGGAUACGCGAACGUCUUCCAGAUGAAGAAUCCUGGCUGGAAGAUCCUACGGGCGAAGCUGACGCCGAUCUUCACCAGCGGAAAACUGAAGAGGAUGUUCGAGCUGAUGCGCAUGGUUGCUGACGAUCUCGACGAGCACCUCGAGGCUUUGAAUUUGACCACGGCGAAAGAGGUGGAAAUGAAGGACCUAUGCGCGAAUUUCACCACGGAUAUGGUUGCCAGCACCGCUUUUGGACUCCAAGCGAACUCGCUGAAGGAUCCGAAAGCGGCGUUCAGGGAAGCUGGCAGGGAGAUCUUCAAGAACGAUUUCGUUCGUGGCAUGGAAUUUCUCAUCAUAUUCUUCAUGCCGCACCUAACCAAAUACACAGGCGCGAAAUUCUUCGGGACGAAGACCAGCAACUUUAUGCGAACCGUUUUCUGGGACACGAUCAAUCACAGGAUUGCGUCGGGCGCGAAAAGGGGCGAUCUCAUCGAUCUUCUGAUCGAACUGAAGCAGAAGCACGAGGACGAGGGCGAUCUGGGUGGAUUCAGUUUCAGUGGUGACGACUUGGUGGCACAAGCCGCCGUGUUCUUCAGCGGUGGAUUUGAAACGUCUUCCACCACCAUGUCUUUCACACUUUAUGAGCUCGCUUUGAACAUGGACAUACAAACGAAGCUUAGGAAAGAGAUUCUGGACGCGCUGGAGAAAACUGAUGGCAAGAUUACAUACGAUCUGCUGCUGACGCUACCGUAUUUGGAUAUGGUAGUCUCAGAGACCCUACGCAAGUAUCCACCAUUGGGAUUCCUGGAUCGCAUCACCAACGCCCGAUACGAGGUGCCCGAUUCGGACCUGGUCCUGGAGAAAGGCACACCGGUCUACAUCUCCAUGAUGGGGAUGCACUACGAUCCAGAAUACUUUCCCGAUCCACAAAAAUACGAUCCGGAACGAUUCACCGAGGAGAACAAACGGAAGAGACCAAACUUCGUUUACUUUCCGUUUGGUGAAGGACCUCACAUUUGCAUCGGUAUGCGAUUGGGACUCUUACAAUCGAAGCUGGGGAUCAUACAAGUUCUCAGGAAAUACGAGGUGUCACGCAGCGAGAAGACCAGCAAUCGGAUAGUGUUCGAUCCCAAGGGACUCACCACGACAGCCCUAGGAGGCCUAUACCUGAACGUCCGAAAGAUCACCAGUGAAGCUGGUUAUAAUUUCAAAAUGGCCGUGAUAACGCCCUACUGGGGACUGGACGGGGUCAUAAUCCUCACCUCCUUAAUGACGGCUGCCUACCUUUACAUGACACGAAAGUUCAAGUACUGGGCGAAGAGAGGCAUCAUGGAGGUUCCACCUACACCUUUCAUAGGAAACUUCACGGAGUGCUUGAUGAUGAAGAAGUCACCAGCUGAUUUCGUGUGGGACCUGUACAAUCGGUCCAAGGGCUUACCCUAUAUGGGAUUCUACAUUUUCGACAAGCCAUUCUUUCUCCCGAAGGAUCCUGAGCUCAUCAAGCAUAUCCUGGUGAAAGACUUCGAUGUAUUCUGCGACAGACACGCCACCGCUGACGUAAAUGAUCGUCUUGGGUACGCGAACGUCUUCCAGAUGAAAAAUCCCGCCUGGAAGUCCCUGAGAAUAAAGCUGACGCCGAUCUUCACCAGCGGAAAACUGAAGAAGAUGUUCGAGCUGAUGCGCAUGGUUGCUGAUGAUCUCGACGAGUACCUCGAAACUUUGAAUUUGAACGUUCCGAAGGAAGUAGAAUUAAAAGACGUCUGCUCACGAUUCACCACCGACAUGAUCGGCAGCACUGCAUUUGGCCUGAGGGUGAAUUCGUUGAAGGAUCCUAACGCACCAUUUCGAGUAGCUGGCAAGGAAAUUUUUGCCACCAACUUUUUCCGUAGCAUGGAGUUCCUCAUCAUAUUCUUUGCGCCGCAAUUAACCAAGUACACUCAUCCGAAAGUAUUUGGGAAGAAGUCUGGUGAAUUCCUACGGAGCGUUUUUUGGAGGAUGAUCAAUGAACGGAUAGAUACAGGGGAGAAGAGGAACGAUCUCAUCGAGCUUCUGAUCGACCUGAAGAAGAAGCACGAGGGAGACGACGAUCUGGGUGGAUUCAGAUUCAAUGGCGACGACUUGGUGGCACAAGCAGCCGUGUUUUUCACCGCUGGUUUCGAGACUUCUUCCACCACCAUGUCUUUCACACUUUACGAGCUCGCACUCAACAUGGACAUUCAAAGGAAGCUUAGGAAAGAGGUCCUGGAUGCACUGGAAGAAUCUGGUGGCAAGAUUACCUACGAUAUGAUUAUGACGCUUCCGUAUUUGGAUAUGGUUGUCUCCGAGACUCUGCGCAAGUACCCACCACUGGCAUUCCUGGAUCGCGUAUGCAACACGAACUACAAAGUUCCUAAUUCCGACUUGACGUUGGAGAAAGGCACUCCAGUGUUCAUUUCCAUAUUUGGGUUGCAUUACGAUCCGAAAUACUUCCCCGAUCCACAAAAGUACGAUCCUGAGAGAUUCAACGAGGCGAACAAACAACAGCGACCGAGCUGUGUUUACAUCCCGUUUGGAGAUGGACCACACAUUUGCAUCGGUCUUCGAAUGGGGCUUAUGCAAUCAAAGCUGGGGAUCGUUCAAUUCCUCAGGAAGUACGAGGUGACACCCUCGGAGAAGACACAAAUCCCAAUGGUGUUCGAUCCGAAGGGAGUAGUUACGUCAGCCAUUGGAGGUCUACAUCUGAACGUCAGGAAGGUCACCUCAGAAGCUGGUUAAUUUUUUGCCUUAAUUUUCUGAAAUGUUUCACCGUAACAACCGUACUCAAUUUUUGUACUGUAUCUUGGCCGUGACCGAGUCAAAAUAAAAAGGAGAACAAUUUGUGGUAUAAAUGCAA